UCUUAAAAUUUCAUUAGAAUAUUUCAAACUGUAAUAAAGUUAGAUAUUUUUGAUCGGUAUUUGGGAUCGUUUUGUGCCGGUGUAGAGCGUCGGGACGCUUCAAGGUGUAGGUGCAACACAAUCAAAGCAUUUUAGAGCGACCUUCUGCCGAAGAAGUAGCUUCUGCAGAGGGUUCGAUGUUGGUGAGGGUAGCUGCCGCUUGAAUGGCAGCGGAGAGUCAGUUUGUUCAGGGACUGCACGCGGUGCGUUCGCUUGUUUAAUGUCAGUGAAUUUCAUGCUCUGCUGUCACAAUUUAACUCACGUUUCUCACAUCAACGUGCACGGAAAGUGUUGAUGAAGUUUUCCCCUUUGGAUUCUUUUACUUAUUACAACAUGUGACUUGAAGUUCUGUUUGCUUCCGUGUAUGAUUAACAAGUUUGGAGACACUUGGACGAUAGAAAGGUUUUGAAAAACUGAAUAGACACUGCGACACCUGCAAUGAUGUCAUACGAAUACCCUCACCCAGUUUCCAGGACGUAUCAAUAUAAAAAAAUAACAAAACCAUUGUUAGAAAGAAAACGACGUGCACGAAUAAACAAAUGCCUCGACGAGUUGAAAAGUCUAAUGAUUGAUGCAUUAGAGACGGAGGGGGAGGACAUCAGUAAACUGGAGAAAGCGGACAUUCUGGAGCUGACCGUGCGCCAUUUACAAAGGCUUCAAGGAUCACAGUCUUCCGGUACGAUCGCGACUAACGACGAGGUAUCGGCUGAAAGUCGGUGGCUGUCCGGUUUCGGCCACUGUGCAGCUGAGGCGUACAGAUUUCUCUCGGCUCUUCCAGGUGAAGGUGCGGAAAGGUUAGCAAGACACCUCGCAGCUGGUCUUCAGAAGAGCCGACAAACGAAUUCAUCGCUAAAAACAAAUAUAUUAACGCAGAUCUUAGCAAACUUGAACCUCACGGUCGACCUGGUAACACCACCCCUGGGAAAUCCUGUGGAAGAUAGUAGAAUAACAUCCACGAAUCAAAACGCGAUUAAUUAUCCUGGUGCAGUUCGCGAUGGAACGUUCAAUCUUCCGACUACUUGCAACUCAGUUGGAAUGAUUGAUAAGAAUGAAACGAUAGAUAGGGCUGAUGUUUCUGAAAUGAAAGAUUCGAGAGAGCAGCGCGCUGCGAAGAGGAUCAAAACGGAAGUCAGAGCUGAAGAUGAUGAAGAAAUUGAUGUGGAACGCGUUGAUGAAACUGAUCCUAUGUGGCGACCGUGGUAGGGUUCAGAGAAAGUUUAAUAAUGCAACUGAUGCAAUGGUUUUUGUGAUUAAUAGUGUUAAGGGUUCAAUUGAUUGCUUUAAUUAGAGUUAAAAAAUAAUGAGACAAGUAUCUUUAUCGGUGAAAAAUAUAUUUUCAAAUCAAUUUUGUAAUAGUACAAUGAAUAUCAUUCCUGUAACUAAUGUAUAACGAUGCAAAAAUGAAGCACAGAGUGUAGAAAUAAAUAUAUCAUUAAUAUUGUUAAAUAUAAUAUAGAUAUACAAUAGACAUAUUACAGUAUAAAUGUAAUAUAAUUAACAUAACAUAAUGUAGAGAAAUUUUUAAACGUACAAUAUUUAUCGAUUUCAAGAAACUUAGUAAACUAAUAUAGGUUUAUUGUAAUUUUUAAGUUUAAUCUUUAUAUUUGUGAUAUUUCUAUUCCUAGUUACAUGAGAUUGAAAAGAUUUUAAUCAUAAAUAUUGAGAAGUUACAAAUAUUAUAAAGUGUAUUUAUUUCAGUUUUAUAAACAAUUUAUAUUUACGUUGAGAAAAAUAAUAAGGUAAAAAUAUAGUUCAU